AUGUUCACCAAGUUUGAGCCAAUGGAGAACAGUUUCUCGCCGGUGAAUGUUAGCCCUGCGACUUUUUAUCAUCCAAGCUUCUCUGCAGCUCCAAUGUUCCCGUAUUCGUCCUUUUUCAGUGGGUACGUCAGCCAAGAAAUGUCUUCCUCUUUCCUCGGUAAAGACGUAAGAGUUCUACCAGGUUAUGUUGGUCCGUGUAUUCCAUGUUACCACCAAAGCUUUCAAGGCAUCCCGUAUCAACCCGCAGAUGAAGAAAAACCAACUCAAUCAUACAUUGGUCUUAUUGGAAAAGCAAUUCUAAGCUCUCCACAGCAGAAACUUGUUCUUGGUGAUAUCUACAACUACAUUCUAACAAAUUACCCUUACUUCAGGAAUAAAGGACCUGGAUGGCGUAACUCCAUACGCCACAACUUAUCACUCAAUGAUUGCUUUGUUAAACUGGGUCGCUCUCCAAACGGCAAAGGACACUUCUGGGCAAUCAAUCCACUUAACUAUGAGGACUUCAGUCGGGGAGAGUACAAACGCAAAAGGGCCACGAGAAGAAACCGGGAGAGAAAAGAGAGUGGUGGAACGAAAUUGAACACGACUGGACAUGUUCCGAGGUGCUCAUCACAAGAAAUCCGUUGCACCAAUAACAUUUUUCCAGAUGAAGCAGAAAAUAGAGGUUUCCACAUCGAGACGCUACUAUCAGACAAAUGGGAGGAUGUCAAAAGCAGUGAAACGCACGAAGCGGUGUCAGCAUUUUCCUUUGUGUCGCAGAGACAGAUACCUGUCAAAAAAGAACUUGAAGUACGCAGAUCUCAUCACCGAGAGAAUGACCCGGCAAAACAGACUUCUUAUGAAUGAGUUUCUAUGUUAAAAUUUGAAUUUAAAUACCUCAAUGUACUACGACAAUAAACUGCAGGAAGAUAUUUUCAGCCUCUAAUUCUUUGGAAAUUUGUAGCCAUGUAGUUUGUUUGAGAGUAUUAGCGAAAGAUUACAAGUCUAUGUCAAUUUGAUGCCAUUAAAAAAGAUAUUGGGACAAUGUUUUCCCAGAUGAACGACUUUCAGUCAAGAGAUUUAUAGAAGAACACGGCAAAAGGGUACAAAUGUGAUUUUCUUUUCGAACCUUUUUCAUAGCAAGAAAGCGCACUGAUAAAGUAAUGUAAAAAUAAAAAAGAUGGUAGGCGUGAUGAAACAUAAGCAAACAUAUAUCUAUUCAUUGCGCUAUGAUAAAAAAAACUCUAAGAAAACCUUUAAACAAUGCAGUUUUCACGGAUUUUGUCUCCUCCCCAUUCCUUUAACAUGUAAAUUUACGGUUCAUGAAACAAUAAAACAAAUAAGCAACCUGUGUUUUGUGUGGCCUCUUAACUGAUAAAAGACAACACCGUCUUUUGUAGGAAACCGGACAUUAGUAACAAACGACGUGAAAGACGCAUGGUUCUGAAUGCUGAACUUUUAACAAAAGGAAACAAUAUUUGAAAUUAGUGUUAUUAAAUUGGUUUGACUGACUUUCGUGUCGAGUUUAGGAAUAUUUUUAAUUAUGAAAAUAUUUGAAAUGAUUUGGAUGACAGCCAUUUUCUAGUCUAUUAAAGUCAAAUCAUAACAGUUUUUUGUGGCUCGUUAGUGAGUCUGUUUUAGAAUCGUUUGCAAUGUGACUAAUCAAGAAGAACAAAUAUCUCUCUCGUUGAGUUUUUCUAGUGAUGCCAACAGUUUCCAAGAGCACCGUCAACUGUCCGAAUUCAAGAAGAAAAUAACGCUAAGACUUCUACAGAAGUGCCAUGGGAUGCUAUCACGAAAUUGGACUUCUUUCCCUUCUAGUCUAGACUUCCGACAUUCAUUUUUGAAUAGCUUGAUGAAACCAGGUUACAUUACAGAAGAAAGUUUACAGGUUUGAGGAUAAAAGAAGAUUUUGUAAAUAAAAUUUAAGAUUGCACUUAAGACUGUAUUUGAGAUUGUUGCAAGUCGCCUGUCACAUACAAUGAACCUAUUUUAAGCGGACAGCCAUAGAAUCGUUCCUUGUGUCCAAUUAAACGCCUAAGGGUUUCUUUAUAAAAAGAAAGGAGAAAAAAUUGGGAUCAAUCGGGCAGACGUGCAUGCGCUUUAGGCUUGAUAACUCAUAUGAACGAUAUAUGUACAUUGAGGAAGUGAAUUUUGGUGACAAUGGAGAAAGCUUUUGGUAACUAAGAUGGCGCAAAAUAGGUCGAAUUUAAGAACCAAAGGCGUAAUUAAGGCAAUCAUUGAACGCAUCAAGGUAGUGUUUUGUUACAUGGCAACCGUGAAGCUUUUUGAAGAAUUCUGACUCUGACACUUUAAGUGUGAUAUAUACUUUACUGGAAAAACCCGCUUGUGUCACAACUUUCUCUACAGUGUAAUCAGACAAGUGAUACCAAUAAUUCGUCGGCUGCCGAGGUUCCAAAUUGUGUCUUUUUAUAUGUACUGGGCCCUCAAAAAAGUUAUAUGAAACUAUAUAACUUUUAAGGUAACCGCAGCAGUUCAACCUGCAGAUACGUGAAAAGUCUUAACAUCGUUUUGACGCAGGGAAAGGUUAUUUCUGAUUCUCAUAUCGCAGAUGGCUGCAAGAAUGACCAUCAAAUGCAUUAAUCAUGUCAGUGUCAAACGAGGCCUACUCAAAAGGUGUCACCAUUGACAGUUUACUGUUGAGAAGAAAAUUUCUGAGCAAUCGAUUGAUUUAAAGCUCUUAAAAACGAGUUUGAAAGCCAUGUACUUACUCAUCUCUUUAAAUGAAAACAAGAGAUGACAAUAAAUAUCUUUUUUCUCAAUUGUACUCACUAAAUUUACUCUUAGACAAGUAGACUACGUGAAGUGUUCGUCUGAAGAAACAACGUUAUAGGCAAAAAAUGUGAUUGUUUUGUUUUCGUGUUCCUAUGACUGCUUGAAAAUAGAUUAUUAAAUCUAGUUAUGAAGCUUUGAUAAAAGUGUUCCUCUCAUAACAGUUUUGGUUGUUCAAGUGAUUUUUCUUUAUCAUCUAUUGUAGGCUAGAGAUACGAGCAAUUUUCGUAUUUGUUGACACUGAAUUCCCAGUCUGCAAUCACCUUAAAAACUGACCAAACAAUCGUUUUUUGUUUUGUUAGGAGGACGAAUUGUCACGCCCCUUCAGCAGACCCUUCCAUUAGAGAACAAUGACACUAAAAUUAGUACGUUAGACAAACAAUACGGUAAAUAAAUACUCCGACAGAAAGAAAAAUAAGCAGCAGACUUGUUAACAGUUUAUUUCUGUUCUUAUUCAUGAAAAAGCAAGCUUGUUGAUGUUUUUACCGACUAUCUCACAGCAGUUUCUCGUAGUGUGCUUUUUUAUCGGCUAAACUUUGCUUUUAGCAGUCAUUUAGAGAUCGAAUAGUCUCUUGGGGACUAUUAACUUGAGAAUGAAUGGAACGUUCCUUCAAAGAAAAAGCUACUUUGAAUUUGUUUUUCAAACAAGUCUGAAAGGAAAGCCAAACACAAGGCGUGGGGCGUUAAUUACAAAUAAUAAGCUUAAAGAAUGAAGAAAAAAAAUUUAAAAAAUUCGAGGACGAAGUAGAAGUACGUCUUCAAGAUUAAUAUGCUGAAAGAUCUCCUAAGAAAUGCACAAGAUUGAAUUUCAUGAUCAUAUAACUUAUGAUAUUCCUUUCCCUGAGUUGACUUUAUUUGACAUUGAGCAAUGAGGAUUAGAAGCAGUUCCAUUAUACAAAACAAUGACAUUGUUGAUUAAUUACGACAAGCGUUUCUUGAGCCAAUAUAAAAGCUUACUCAUCUGAGCAAACUUGAAUUUCAUUUGGGCAACAGCCAAACUAAAAGUGAAGUGAUUGACGUUCUCAAACUGAAAGUUAAAGCUGGGGCCAAAACGUUUGUUCCAAUGGAAAGUAGUUUCUGGCGGUCUGUAAAUGCGACGCCUCUAAGGUUCUACCUUCCAGCUGCCCCAAGCCACCCAGCUGUACCCGCUGCUCCAACUUUUCCCUACUCGUCUUUGUACUUCGGAUACGCCAGCUCAGAGAUUUCGUUUUAUGUUCCAGGAUAUGUAAGUCCAUGUUUCCAUCAAGGCUUUCAUGGAAUUCCGACCCAACGCAAGAAUGAACAAAAACCAACUCAGUCAUACAUUGGUCUCAUUGGAAAAGCAAUUCUAAGCUCUCCACAGCAGAAACUUGUUCUUGGUGAUAUCUACAACUACAUUCUAACAAAUUACCCUUACUUCGGAAAUAAAGGACCUGGAUGGCGUAACUCCAUACGCCACAACUUAUCACUAAAUGAUUGCUUUGUUAAACUGGGUCGCUCUCCAAACGGCAAAGGACACUUCUGGGCAAUCAAUCCACUUCACUAUGAGGAUUUCAGUCGUGGAGAUUUAGGGUACAAGCGGAAAAGAUCUUCCAAAAAAAGUCAGAGAAGCAUUACACCGGAAAAAGGUUUACAGACAUUAGAAAAAGGUCAAGGCUGGAAAUCAUGUAAAGAUGUUGUUCCUCUGUGUGCCAAAAAGGAAGUUCGUCAGGGCGAUAACAGUUUCACACACAGUCAAAGUGGAUUGCGCCAAAGAAGUUUUCACAUCGAAAACAUUUUAUCCGAUUGA